AUGGAUCCCUGUUGCUACAGUGGAGUUACUCAGGCUGCCACCAAGUAUGUGGACCUGUGUGGUAAUGUUGGCCUGACACAGUCUGCCAGGUGUGUGGACCCGUGCAGCUGUGUGGGCCCUCGGUACACCACCUGUGUGGAUCCGUGCUGUGGCGGAGUAACGAAGUGCACCACCAAAUACAUAGAUCCGUGCUAUGGAGAAGUGACCAAAUGCACCACCAAGUGCGUGAAUCCGUGCUGUGGAGAGGUGACCAAAUGCACCACCAAAUGUGUGGAUCCAUGCUGUGGCAAAGCCACCAAGUGCACCACUACGUGUGUGGACCCAUGCUGUGAGGAGGUGAGCAAAUGCACCACCAAGUGUGUGGAUCCAUGCUGUAGAGAAGUGACCAAAUGUGUCUCCACAUGCAUGGACCCUUGCUGUAGCAAACUGACCAAGUGUGCCACCAUAUUUGUGGAUCCGUGCUGUGAGGAAGUCACCAAAUGUACCACCACAUGCGUGGAUCCAUGCUGUGAGGAAAUCAGCAAGUGCACCACCAGAUGCGUGGAUCCAUGCUGUGGAGCUGUGACCAAGUGCGUAACCAAGUGUGUGGACCCAUGCUGUAGCAAAGUGACCAAGUGUUCUACCACAUGUGUGGAUCCAUGCUGUGAGGAAGUCACCAAAUGUACCACCACGUGUGUGGAUCCAUGCUGUGUAGCUGUGACCAAAUGCACCACCAAAUGUGUGGAUCCAUGCUGUGGCAAAGCCACCAAGUGCACCACUACGUGUGCCGAUCCAUGCUGCGGGGAGGUGACUGAACACACCAACAAGUGUGUGGACCCCUGCUACAGGGGUGUUCAGGCUGCUACCAAGUGUGUGGAUUCCUGCGGCACAGCCAGCGUGACGCAGGCCACCUCCCAGUGUGUGGAUGCAUGCACCCCUGCCUGUGCCCAUGUCUAUGCCAUCAGCUGUGCAGAUGUCUGCCGUCGUAAAUGCAUGGCUCCUUGA